CAGAGUGACCCAGAGGUCACGAAUAUGCGAAUACCAAUAGAUUUGUCUGCUCUUUGUGUAAAAUCGCCGCUGAAGCCGACAUAAGUCCUUAUAUUGUUCAUGAUUUCUGUCACAGAAUUUGACUUAAAUUAAACCUUUACUCACUAAUGUUUUGAACAUCCUGUAGCUACUGGUGAGGAAGUGAUAUCCCACAAUGCCGUCUGCAGGAGCUGUUUGUGUUCCAACCAUUACUCCACUGAGAGUGCCAUAUUCCGGUCAGACGAGCAAUCAGAUCGACACCAACACUCUUAUUGAAAUCAAAUCAGCCACCCGCAAUGCAGGCAUCUACUUCAGUACCAAUGGCAGUAAACCAGACCCCUUUGCACGCAAGGACAAGAACACAAUCAAGUACAAGGGACCGUUCCUUCUCAACCAUGGAAAGAGGACCAUUAAAGCCAUGGCUGUGUCUGGCGACGGGCGAAGUGAGAGUCAUGUGAACAGCAAGACCUUCAUCGUUGACUGGGUUUCCCCUGACAACGAUGAGAGCCAUGAAGACGACGACCAGAGCUUCAUCAUGGACUCCAGGAGGCCGCAGAGAUCACUCCAUAAUUCCUUGAACAAUUCUGGUCCUUAUGAGAUGAUUCAAACUAACGGCAGUAUGGCUCUCGCAAGGUCAUCAAUGCCGAUGCAGGGUAGCAUGCCGCACAAUGGCUGGGUAGGUCAGUCCCAACAGCAGCCACAGACUACUCUCAACCAGAACCCGGACUACUUUUUCCACUAUCACAUGCAUCAGACGAGCCCUCGUCAGGCCUCCAUGCGGCAGUCUGUUGGUUCAGGGCCUGCCAUGGUCCAGCCUCCUGUUGUCGUUGACGCCAUGGCUAGCUACAACAACCAGGAGGCGUGGCGACCAGUCAGUGUGCCCCUCCCUGCUGUCCUCAACCAAUCCACCGCCACCCAGACCGUCGGCCUCUUCUACCCCACCCACGAACAGGUCACCCGCUCGCCCCAGGACGUGGAGGCGGUUCGCCAGGUCCGGGAGCAGAUCACCACUGGAACGGGAACGGGAACGGGCCCCGCCCAGGAGAAGGCGCGGCUGACGGACAUCAGCCCGGGGAAGGGUUACUGGAAGCGGCAGAUCGCGCACAUCGCGGCUCACCUUGAGGCGUUCUCGCAGAAGGACGCAGAGUUCAGAGCUGGCGUGGGAAAACCCAAGAUGGGCAAGAUGACAUAUGCCAGUAUUGAAGAUGAUGGAGUGGACGUCACAGUGACCAUCAGUCUGGAGUCCAGGGGGUCAACCCCUCCGGUCAGAGGAAACAGAGCUCAAGUUGCUAGACAAGAUGCUAUCAAUGCAAAGAGCAAGAGUGAAUCUGAUUCGCCUUAUGGAGCGACAACAAGGAAGAAGAAACCCCUGACUAAGAGGCUAGCAGCCAAGAAGAAAGUAGAAGAGGAGAGAUUGACGCCUGAGGAGAAGCAAUUGAUAAGAGAAUUGGGACCAAGAGGAGAGGGCAACAUUGAUAUUGUGCAAGACAUGCUUGAUGAGGGAGCGGAUCCUAACUGCGAGACCAAGGAUGGAGUCUCGGCCAUUGUACAUGCUGCAAUGAACAACCAGGUGGAGAGUAUACCGUUACUUGCAGACGCAGGGGCAGAGAUUAACAGAAAGACACCGGUUAGGAAGGGCAACACAGCUCUCCAUGAGGCCGUGCUCCUCGGCCCGGACGGCCAGGAGGUCAUCGAGGCCCUCCUCGACUCGGGCGCUAACCCCAAGGUCCAGAACAACAAGGGCGACAUGCCCUACGACCUGGCCGUUGCCAACGGUUACUCGUCCAUCGUGGCGCUUUUCACCUCCAGUAUGGGCCAGGACAUGCUGAAGAAGAUGACGCAUUCCAAGAAGGAUAAAGGAAAGAAGGGGAGGAGGAAGGAGACGGAGAGUGAGGACGAGAGCGAAGAGGAGGAGAAGCCAAGGAGGAAGAGCAAGAAGUAUAAAGAGAAACUGCCCAAGGAUAAGGGCACUGUUGUCCCCGUGUCAAAGUUCAACCCUGAGAACGACGCUGAGAAACUCAGGAAAGCCAUGAAAGGAUUAGGUACUGAUGAGCAAGCAAUCAUUGAUGUUCUCGCUAAUCGAUCAAACGACCAACGGCAGAAGAUUGCCAAACAGUUCAAGCAGAUGUUUGGAAAGGAUUUAUUGAAGGAACUCAAGAGUGAGCUGAGUGGCAAACUCUUGGAUGUAGUACAAGGACUGAUGAUGACCCCUUCUCAGUACGAUGCUUAUCAACUCAACAAGGCAGUCAAGGGUCUGGGCACCAAUGAGGAGAUACUGAUUGAAAUUCUAUGUACAAGAACCAACAGCUCCAUCGAAGCCAUCAAAAAUGUGUACGAAGAUGCGUAUGGAGAGGAGCUGGAGGAAGCCAUUGCUGAUGAUACCUCAGGCCACUUUGAGCGGCUUCUGAUCUCUGUCCUGCAGGGGUCCAGGCCAGAGGGAGACGAGGUGGAUCCAGACAAAGCCAAGGCUGAUGCGGAGGCACUAUACAAAGCAGGGGAAGCCAAGUGGGGGACAGACGAGUCGCGCUUCAACGUGAUCAUGAUGUCAAGGAGCUACGCCCAGCUGAGGGCGACGUUCGAGGAGUACGGGAAGCUGGGCAAGCACGACAUUGAGCAGGCCAUCAAGAAAGAGAUGUCAGGUGACCUGAAAGAAGCCAUGUUAACAGUUGUGAGAUGUGUUCGUAACAAGCAUAAAUACUUCUCAGACAAGCUGUAUAAAACAAUGAAGGGAGCUGGUACUGAUGACGACACUUUGAAGAGGAUCAUUGUCUCUCGCGCUGAGGUAGACAUGCUGAACAUCAAGGGAGAAUUCCAGUCUGCCUACUCACAGACACUCGGACAAUUUGUUGCAGAUGACACAUCUGGAGAUUACAAGAAGAUCCUUGUUGCCCUGGUGGGCGGUACCAACUAAGGCCUAGUGCGAACACACCCUCUUGUUGUUCAAUCGGUGAAGUAUGUGACCUGUUCAUUUCAUGAGGAUCCCUUUCACCCCUGGCUGGUUGGUGUUUACACUAGCUAAGGAACAGUUUAAAGACUACGUAUGUUGAGAUCCAGAACGUCGUUCACUCUUUGUUAAAGUAUAUGAGUUAACGCCCUUCCGGCUCCGAACAGACGACUACCUCUCCUGUUUGAUGGGUAAAGUAUUUUAUUAGAAGCGGUAGACUUCAAGGAGAUUAGUUCAAGUCCAAGUUCAAGUUCAAGUUUUAUUUCCACAUGUGUUUCAUAAAAAAAAAACAAGUAUACAUACAUGUACAUGUUCAGACAUAUAAAAAAUGCAAAGUAACACAAAAUUAGAAUCUGUAGACUUCAAGGAGAUCCCCUUUGACCUGAUUGGCAGCACCAACUACAGUGUUGUGUAAACACUCCCUAUAUUAGAAGAUCGUCAUUAUCCUGGUUGAUGAUAUUAACUUAAAGAUAAACUUUAGUUCUGGUUAAAAAAAGAAAAUCAAUUUUCACAGAAUCUAACGAAACAUACACUGAAU